CUACGCUACUUCGCUCUUUUUUUUUUUUUUCCUUGAUCAUUUUCUCUCUUUCAUUUUUCCUGGCUAUAAAUCUUCUCCGAAUCUCUCCGGCACUCUCCUUCCUUCUUCUUCGCCACUCCGUGCUCCCGCUGGGGUUCGCUCCAUUGUCUCUCUCUUGAAAAGAGGGGCGGGACAAGGCUUUGCUGUUGCGGGUCUGGAAGAGAUUGGAGCAAAAAUGAAUCACUGCGCGAUGCAACAGCAGAACGCCUUUAUCGCCUGCGAAGAGAUCCGGCCCCCCUUCGCCGUCGCCGAGAGGAAGCCGCCUGUCCUCUGCCCCAAGCCUCGGCGAGUGAGCCCGUUCGCUUCCGUUGCAGAUCCGGUCAGACCUCUUCGAUGGCACACAAGUCAUCAGUUGGAUUUAUCUGAUUCGAAGGCCGGGGCGGACCUCCUUGACAUAUUUCUUUCAAAGGGAGCAGAACAGAAUCAAGUUUCUUUUUCACCGCCCUUCUUCUGCGGCUCGCCGCCUAGUCGUGCGGCGAAUCCAGUAGUCCACGACGCCCGCUUCGGCGAGGACCGCCCACCGGCGCCUUUCGCCCCUUCACCACUAACCCAAUCCGGCCCGCCGGCGUCCCCAAAGCAAGGCUGUGCCCAUGCUAAGUUUGGCCUGGUCCCGGCAGCCGUGCGUGUCGAGGGUUUUGACUGCCUUAACCGCGGCCGCCGGAGCUGCAGCGGCAUCACUGCCGUGGCCUAAACCGGCCCCUUCUUCCAGCGCGCUCUCGGCACCGUUUUGGAGCGCUGCGGUAGGAAGAGUGGGGGAAAAAACAGAGGAAACAAAAAAUUAACAUCAACAAAUUAAAAGUCUAAAAACUAGGCGAAGUUAGCAACAGAGAUGGGGAAGAGAAUUAAGUUUAAAAGAAAAUGGAGCUCUUAGGUAUUUUGCGAGGCCUUUCAGCUUUUUCUUUUCAAUUGUACAUUUUUCUGGUACCAAUCUGUCUGUUUGUAAUUUAAGUUUCAUGUAGAUACAAAAUAAGGGAGGUGAGAGGGAGAGGAAGAAUUCAAAUCUCUUAUCUUUUUUAUGUGUUUGAUUUUGAUCCAUGAAUUAGAUUUGAGCUAUUGUUCUUUGGAGCUGUGACUCCAAAGGGAGACUAUAGUUUUGAGCUCAAAUGUCCUGGGUCUUCUUGUUCAGUCAGAGUUCCAAAAUUGUUAUUGUAAAAAAGUUAGGUUGUCAUCUCUUUUGAGUCCUCAUUUGUGUAAAUAUUCAAUUUGUAUAUACUCUCUUGGAAAUGUUGUUGCUGUAUGGUUGUUGAAA